AUGGCAGUGAUAGUGGUGGUGGCUGUCGCGGUGGCGCCGCUUCUGCCCCAUGAGAUGGAGCACAUCCGAAAGGUCUAUGACGAGGAUGUUGGGAACAAGAAGUUCGCAGCCAUCAUCACACCUCGCGAGGAUGCCCAGAUGUUUCGUAGCACGGACCAGCAUCGGGUGACGUGCGAGUGCAUAGUGGAGCUUUACGAGCUACUGUGGCGAUGGGGCCAUCGGCGGAACAAGAGCCGCAGCUUUGCGGACAACUUUGGUUUCUCCAUCCCCGACACAGUCGUCAUUGCCAAGGGCAAGCCAUACGCUUGGUACUUCAUCAGCAGGAGAGAUGGCUCCCUGCUCCGCAAGUCGGACGGCAACCUCUCUCUGCACAGCCUGGAGAAAAAGCUAGUUGGAGACAGGGACAAAGAGGAAAACCGGGACAAGCCCUGCGCAGUCUGGCUGCCUAUGGCAUCCCAGUUCCCUGAGGCGCGAAGCCCGACCCCGUAUGCUGAGUUCCUGUCGGUCAAAGGCCUUCAGGAGUUCAUCAUGUGCUUGAGGGAGAACCACUCUGGCAUCCUCCAAGGUUUCGUGCCCCCUCACGGCGUAUCCAACUCCCUGGUUCGCACAGUGGAGUUUCGCCGGCAGACGGCCUUGGCCAUGCGAACAAACAGGGCCUUGCUGGCUGGAGGCGGCAACCUCUUCGACCGUUGUGCCACCUUCGAGGGCUGGGAAGGUCUCUCCAGUGUGAGCAGUCGUUACCGAAACCAUCGCCAUCCGCACAUGGAGGAUCUCAUCCUCGCGGCUAGCGAGACCCUGAAUCGACGCAUUGAGCAGGAGCGAGUGAGGCAGAUGCUCUUCCUCGGACCUCAUCAACAUGUCGCGCUACACUUUAAGGUGGCUAGCGAUGGAAUGUUGUACUUCAUUUUUGCAUCCAUUGUCUCGGAGAAAGAUGUUAUCCUGCAGACCCGCUACCAGCUGAUUAUGGCGGACCCUUGCAUGACAGAGGAGCUCCCUGGCGCGGCGCUGCUGCCCGGAGGCACGGGGCGGAAAGCGUUGCCGCAUGAGGCUCCCAGUUGCUACUCCGCCCGCGGACCGC